CGCCGCCGCCGCCGCGAACAGGCGGUAGCGCACCGCGUCCUCGGGCACCGGCGGCCGCCGCAGCGCCUCCAUCGCGGCGGGACCGCGCUCCGCCCCCGCGGGAGGAGCGGCGCGAUGGCGGCGGCGGGGCGGCGGCGCUGAGGAUGAUAUCGCGAUACGCACGCAAACCGGUGCAGGCACAAGGACUCCCAAAGCAUGCCUUGAGGYAUCACCCACUGCCAGAGCCACGGGCUCAGGUGUGCUCAGCCACACCCGCAGCUGAGAACCGCGGACAGAACUCCAGGGAGUCAGGAAUCUGUAAGGAGUCGGAUGAUCAUGGGRAUGCACGGACUGCUAGUCAGAGCUGUGCUGACACCUCCACAGAAGACAGCUCAGCCUUCUCUUGGGGCUAUGACGAAUUUGAUAAAGCUGCCACACAACAAGUUCAACAGAUGUUCAGACAAAUUGAUGAGCUUCUGUAUGAGCAGAAGGACAACAUUCACGUUGAGGGACUGCGGGAGGAAUGUCACCAAUGGUCCUCCAGCUUUCCUCAUCUCAGGGUGGUGGGGAAGCAGCUGGUGAUCCCCACAGACGAAGGGUACGGAUGGUACUCGAGUUCCUCCUUGGGCAGUUUGGCUCCCUCAGAUCUAAGUUCACCACAGGAAGAAGAUUCUGAUGAAUUCAGCGUUUGUGGCAAGAAGAUGCCUCUUUUUGUUGUUCCUGCUCACAAAAAGGCUGACCCUUCCAGUCCUGUGACCUUGUGUUCCUCAGAGAGCGACGAAGGGGAAGAGGAAAUCAUUCUCUCCGAGGGGAUAGUGGAGGAAUAUYUGGCAUUUGACCACAGGGAUGUGGAGGAGGAGCUGCAUGAGAGGAAGAUGGGACUGUCCUCUGGUAGACGGAAAUUGGGAUUUCCCCCUGUCUCUCCCUAUUCCUGCAUGAAGGAUUCCGUGCUCACAUUUGUGUUUGAUGAUGUGUGGAGUGAAGUCCUGGUCUGCAUGGAGGAAUUGAUCUGCAGGCACUGGGAAAGCUCAGCCUCUGAUGAUGAGAAAAACAUCAUAACAGUAGAAAGCCUCCGAGCAGAUGCCAGAAGCCCUUUGCAGUUGGAUCCUCUGCCAUCGUUGUUACCUCGUGUGCUGCCCACGAAGAUGCCCUCGGUGACAUCAAAUCUAUGCCCAAAACCCAGAUGUGGCCGCAAAAGCAAAAAGAGGAGAAAAACACCUCAAGUAAGUCUCUCUCAAGAGUCGAGUAGUGGUUCUCAGCGUAACCUAAAUGGCUUGAUGGUGAUCCAUGGGAUCCAGUUACACCACAGGAACCUGCCUGUAGUGGAGAAAACACUGGAGCUGGAUGACAAACGGCCAGGUUCAAGUUCCUUCCUCUCCACUAGGACAUGGCCAAAUCGUCCCCUGGAGCUCAGCACCUCAUCCCUAUCCUGCAGCAGGAGGAGGAGGAACGCCCCGCCACGGACCCUGCGUCCCAUCGGGGCCCCGUGCUCCGGGGACGAUGCCAGCAGGCGCCUCCUGACUGCACAGGAGCAGCUGACCUCAUCACCCUCCCCACUGCUGCUAAACAGAAAUCACCCCCUGCCACCCAUUGCCACCACCACUGGGGCAGAGUGUGGGAGCACCGCAGGAACCCACAGGCAAACGAAGCCUCGAGGGAACUUGAGCCGUGCUCCCUGUGUCACGACACAAGACACUCCCCAGCAGCUCCAGGAGCAGCUGUUCUUACCUGAUCCCUUCUCCAGGCCUAACACAACCAACACAACCUUGCCGGAUCCCCAGCGCCGCCGUUCUUGCACUGUUAUUGAUUACAGUAAUCACUCCUGGACAAGGAGAGGAUCGACAAGUUCAGGUCUUCCACAACGUGGUUCUGUGAAAGCUCACGGUCGAAGUGGAUCAGGCACAAAAAGCAAACAGGGGCUCUAAAAUGCCAUGGAGAAGUAUCCACCCAUCCAUCCCUCUCCAGAGUCAUGAACCACCUCUCCUUCCCAGCAAGGUCAACGUUGUUUACACAGAGUUUCCUAACACCCUUCCUUACAGAUAGUUAUUUUUAUAUAAAUCUAAGCAGCAGCUGCCAAAGAUUAGAAGGGGUGCACUUAAACAUUCUAUUUUCUACCACUAGAGGAAGUGAUGCUCCAGUGGAAGGGUGAAUACACUCCAGUGAAGCCUAAUUCCUAGGAAACCUAGCAAACACUCUCAGUCUGCACUGUUUUCCAUGAGGCUGGUGACAGGUUCAUGUCCUUACAGGCAGGUACUGCAGGACCUGCUCAUUCUUCCCUUAGGAAGGUUUACCCAACAUUCCAUAGCAGCAGUGAUUUACAUUUUAAAAAAACUGUAUUUAUGUGUUUAAAGCAAUAUUGUACUAGCACAAGCAAGCACUCAGCUCAGGCAAGUGAUGAAUGCUGUUGUAGCUGCAGCAGGUAUGARCACAGGUGUAUAGAACUAAGGUAGCAGAGCAGGUGACCUGGCAGCUCCAAGGGUAGCAUGCCACUGCCUCUGCCUGAGUUAUAAUAAAACCCUUUACCUCUUUCUCUGUGACUGAAGAAGGUUGAACAGGCAAAAAGAAACCUCUUACUAUGAGUAGUUUCAGACAGAACUCAAAAAAAGAAUAGUCUUCCUGGGGAGACAUUUUAUGGUAAUUCCAUAGAAUACCUUAAUGUCCCUUUAUAAAAUCACCUGUAAUUACAUCAGAUUUCUGCACUCUAUCAUAGAGUUCCAGAAGCCAGAGAUGGAACGGAGCUUUUAGGAGCUGUAUCUCCCCUGUGGGACAGACCUAACAGAGGUAUUUGSUGGAGCUGGCCUUGUGGCUUCAGAAAAGACAAAACAUGAAGUACAGGCUUCUCAAAACAAGUGGUUAUAGCUGAAGGUCAUACUCCCWAACAGUGAGUGCCAGACUGAAAUGUAACAAGGUGAAGAUAACCACUGGCUGUAUUUAAACAAAGUUAGGAUGCUCCACAAAAACAGCUGUUCCUUUCUAGUCCAAGUAAAGAGCACUGUUUUGCUACAUUUUAUUAUUCUUCAAAUUGCAGUUAGAAUGGGAAAAAAACUUGUCAGUAUUCUUUAUGAAGUGGCUGCCAUAUUUCUCCACUCCAAACCAGCUAAUAAUUUUUAAUCAAUAUUGAGUCUCUUAAGUCCAGUUUAUCCAAGCAUGCUUUAAUCAAAUACAGGAAACUGCAAAUGUAACUGGGUUAACCUGCCUUUGCAUUUCCAGAAGUUAAGAAAAAAAACCAAAUAACUCUGAGCUCAGUCUAAAGCUCUUAAGUUUGCAGAGAGAGAGAAACAAAUGCUCAUCAGAGAAGCCUACUCACUAAACCAUUUCAAAAUACAGUGUCUCUUCUGGAGCACUGCAGUGUGUCAGUUAUGUCAGGCAAACUGCAGAUAAACAUCCCAUUUGUAUUUGUGCCAUCCCUCAGGGAUYGAGUGAGUUUUCUGUAGCACAAGAGUUACAAAAACAGACAAUUAAACUUGAAUAGACUUCUGUUAGCAUAAUGGCACUUUUUAAGUCAGUUUAAAAAGUGCAGUCCCCUCCUAAGACCCUUUUUGUUUUUUGUACAGAUGGUUGACACUAGGGACUGCCCUUGGACUGUUAUUUAUUUUGUGUAAUAAAAGUAACCUUCAAGCCCCAUGUUAUAAAACACAAUUAUAUGCUCUGCUUUCUCAGAAUUAGGGUAACUUUUGACAGCAGACAAGUAAAAGGGAACAGAGAGACCAUUAACCUCUGGCUUCCCCACCAGGAAGCUCCCUGAAUGUUGUUGUUGAUGCACGGAGGGCCUUCAGCUCCCAAAGUGUUCACUUCAUGGCUCCUACACCUUUGAAAAAUGAUCCUCCACGGAAGUGUGCAGGAUUUACUUGACUGAAAUCAGAAGAAUCAACACAAUUGAUUAUU